AAACUUUUCAAGUUACCCAUCCUUUUGGAGGCAGGCAAUAUCAAAGGGCACUACGGAUUACAAUACAUGAGGAGUGUUUACAGCCUGGGAGAUUAUUUAUGUUUGGUUUUACCUCUAUAGUCACACAUCCAAGCUAGGAGAAAAGGAACAGAGGAACCCUCUCAUUAUCUUUUGAAAUAUGAAGAUCAGAGGAAAACCUGGGUUUAAAGUGUGGAGUGAUGGUCCUGGAAGCCUGCUUAUAAAUUAGAAGGCUGUGUAAUAACAGAUCCAGAAGCAAAGCUGAUACUCAGACAUAAGGGUGGAAUUCCUGAGUCAAUUGUUGCUGCUACGAACUUUGGGCAUAUACCUGCCAUUCUGAUCAUCACCAAGAUAUACUACCUGGUCAAUCACAGCGACUGGUCCACUUGACCUUCCCAUCGAUGGAUUAAUUCCAGAGAGCCUUUUUUUGGAAGUUAAUGUUGCAUUGCUUCAAGAUGGGAAGUAAUAAAGACGAAGGGCUAUUGAACAGGAUCUCGUUCUCAGGACCAGUAUCUCUUGGAAGCAGCCAUGUGGCCAGUCCUCUUGGUUUACCACUCCAAGAGCCAUUUGGAGUUCCUUUUCACUUUGAGCCAACAUACUGGGACCACCAAACCUACAAUGGAUAUUCAGGAAGAUUCUCCUACCUGCCCUUUUCAGGGUACGUAGGAGUCUAUGACUAUUCUUUCGAGCCUGCCUUCAUCCGCAAGAGGAACGAGCGAGAGAGGCAGCGAGUUCGUUGCGUCAAUGAGGGCUACACGCGCCUCCGAGACCACCUUCCCAAGGAGCUGGCUGACAAGCGCCUCAGCAAAGUGGAGACCUUGAGAGCUGCCAUAACUUACAUCAAACACCUUCAGAAUUUGCUGGACUAUCAUCCGUUAGGGACAAAUGUGAAGGCCGCUGUUCCAGCUCAAGAAGAACAAGCUGCUUCUGGUCUUAGCUUAAGAAGCGAAUGCAACAGUGAUGGAGAAUCUAAAACCUCCUUAGCUUCAUCCCCUUACAGUGAGUUUGAGGAAGUCUGCAGUUAGGAACGUCUGCAGUUGGGAACAUCUUCAGAAACUGACAGCUUAAAAAAGAAAGGAAGGAAAAAAGAGCCACACAGUUUCUCAAUUUGCAUGGCUUUCCCCUUGCAAAUUAGUCCCUGGCAAAGGGAUGAAAAAGGUAUCUUCAUUAUUUGAGAUGACUGUUUCCAUUAGUGUAAUUCAUUCUGGGAAACCUUCAGAUGUUUAUGUAAAGGAGGAAAACAAUAUUGUUCUUAACGUUUCCUUAUUUAUAUUCUUAACAGCAAU